AUGAAUGAGAAAUGGGACUCAAAUUCUUCAGAAAACUGGCAUCACAUCUGGAGUGCCAAUGACACAAAGCAUCAUCUGUAUUCAGACAUUAACAUUACCUAUGUGGACUACUAUCUUCACCAGCCUCAAGUGGCAGCAGUCUUCAUUAUUUCCUACUUUCUGAUCUUCUUCCUGUGCAUGGUGGGAAAUACGGUGGUUUGCUUUAUUGUAAUGAGGAAUAAACAUAUGCACACAGUCACCAAUCUUUUCAUCUUAAACCUUGCAAUAAGUGAUUUACUGGUUGGCAUAUUCUGUAUGCCUAUAACACUGCUGGACAAUAUUAUAGCAGGUUGGCCGUUUGGAAAUACAAUGUGCAAGAUCAGUGGAUUGGUCCAGGGAAUAUCAGUUGCAGCUUCCGUCUUUACUCUGGUUGCAAUAGCAGUGGAUAGGUUCCGGUGUGUUGUCUACCCUUUUAAACCAAAGCUCACUCUCAAGACAGCACUUGUCAUAAUUGUUAUCAUCUGGGUCCUGGCCAUCACCAUUAUGUCCCCAUCUGCAGUAAUGUUGCAAGUACAAGAGGAAAAAUAUUACCGAGUGAGACUCAACUCCCAGGAUAAAACCAGCCCAGUCUACUGGUGCCGGGAAGACUGGCCAAAUCAGGCAAUGAGGAAGAUCUACACCACUGUGCUGUUCGCCAGCAUCUACCUGGCCCCCCUGUCCCUCAUUGUCGUCAUGUAUGGAAGGAUCGGGAUUUCACUCUUCAAAUCUGCAGCACCUCAUGCGAGAAGGCAGAACCAGGAGCAGUGGCACAUGGUGUCCAAGAAGAAGCAGAAGGUCAUCAAGAUGCUCCUUAUCGUGGCCCUGCUUUUCAUCCUCUCCUGGCUGCCCCUCUGGACUCUGAUGCUGCUCUCAGACUACGCUGACCUUUCCCCAAACGAGCUGCGGGUCGUCAACAUCUACGUCUACCCUUUUGCCCACUGGCUGGCCUUCUGCAACAGCAGCGUCAACCCCAUCAUCUAUGGUUUCUUCAAUGAGAAUUUUCGCCGUGGUUUCCAAGAUGCUUUCCUUCUCCAGCUCUGCCGAGAGAGAACAAAGCCUGAGGAAGCCUGUGCCCUGAGAGCCAAAAACAGCGUGGUAGUAAACACAUCCAGUCAGCUGGCCCAGGAAGCUGCAUUGCAAAACCCACAUGGGGACACUUUGCUUUAUAGAAAAAUUGCUGAAAAACCCAGACAGGAAUUAAUGAUGAAAGAAUCAGGAAUCACUACCAGGGACAAUGAGAUUUAA